AUGAAGUUUCCAGGCGCCGUCAGCUUGUUGUUUUUCAGUGGGGUGCUUCUGGUGGCGGCGCAUAGCAGCAGCGAUGGGAUGGAUAUGAGUAUGGAUGGGAGUAUGUCUCUUGCGUCGGGGAAUAUGGUCCCAUGGCUGCAUUUCACACCUGGGGAUGUGCUUUGGUUCCAGGGAUGGGUGCUGAAGAGUCCUGGGGCGAUGUUUGGGGCUUGCUUGGGCCUGUUUUUGUUGGCUAUUGUUGAGAGGUGGAUAGCGGCGAUGAGGAGUUUGGCAGAGGCGUAUUGGAGGAAGAGGUGCCUGGUUGCUGCUGCAGAGGAUAGCGAAAAACCGCUAAAGUCUUCGACUCCUUCCCGCAUCAUUGGAUCGCGAACUGCGCUGCCGUUCAUUCCCGCGCACGAUAUCCCCCGCGGCCUCUUACACAUGGGUCAAGCAGCGUUCGGUUUCGCAUUCAUGCUGGCUGUCAUGACAUUUCAAGUAGGAUUCAUCCUGAGCAUCAUCCUUGGGCUUGGAGUUGGCGAGAUGUUGUUUGGGAGAUAUAUUAUCAUGGGUGCUUCACACUAA